UGACUUUUUCCCUUGCCUCACUCUCUAAUAUGGCCUCAAAAAGUUGAAUCCCCAAGGAUAUAUCGGGAUUGGAUCGCUGCCGCAACAUGAUACUAUAAUCCUUAUUCUUUUACCUUGUUUUUAUUCAUCGCAAUUAGUCACAAUAGUAACAAAUUCGUGAAUAUGAUGUACCCAAAACACAUUUACGGUUGUAAUUUAGUUUGGAAUUAAUAGGGGUUUAAUUAAGGAGCCAUCAAGAUCAGGUGAAAUUUAUAUAUAAUUGACUAAAGAGAGAGGUUGGUUAGAACUUCACAUCUAAGCUUUGAAUAGCAGCAACUUGGGUUGAAGUAGCGUAGUUAAUUGAAGAGCCAACUUGGAAUGCACGUCAUGCAUAGGUAGGCCCUUCCUUUUGGUUAAUUUCUUCAAUCGAAAAGCUUUGCCCUGCAGUUAUACUUUGCCCUUAACACCCCAAAUUUUAGCCUAUAUAACCACCUAAACCAUUUCAUCCAUUUGAUCUCUCUCUCUCUCUCUCUCUCUCUCUCUCUCUCUCUCUCUUAAAAGACAGAAAACUAAGAUAGCUAAAAACUAUAUAGCUCUACCUUCGGUGUAGUUUUUAAUUUCUAUAUGAUUUCCUUUCAAGCCCCCCUCUCCCCUCCAGAUAUGAUCGGAAAGACAAUCCCAGAGUUCGACAAUUCCUCCAAGAAGAGAAAGUUGGAAGAAGAUUCACAAGGUGAUCAUGAAGAAACUUCUGAGAAGCGAUCUAAAGCUGAAAGCAUAAAAUCGGUGUUCGAUAUGGAGCUACACCUCGAGACUCCAUUACCUUUGGAGUGGCAAAGAUGUUUAGACAUUCAGUCAGGGCAGAUACACUUUUACAAUACAAGGACCCAUACGAGAACAUCAAAGGAUCCAAGGAGAAGCCCUGAACCCCCAAGCCCCGUUCACAUGAGCUUAGACCUUGAGCUAAACCUACCAUGCGAUUCAUCAGUAAGGAAAGUUGAUGCAACAGAUCACCAAUUAUUCAACAAGCACAACUCCAUCGGCCCCACGAGGGCCAGUUCAGUUGAUAAGAAGAUCAACUCAUCGGGAGGAUUAACUCGCAACCUUUCGUGGUUGGCAGUGGAGGAGAAUGAUCAGCAAGAGCAAGAGAUGGUAGCAACAGUGUGCAUGAGAUGCCACAUGUUGGUGAUGCUUUGCAAGUCAUCACCUGCAUGCCCUAACUGCAAAUUCAUGCACCCACCAGACCAAGGCCCUCCGAAACUAUUCAAGCAGGGGCUUAGCCUCUUGUGCUAGUAAGGACAAUCAAGUUUUUUAUGUUUAGGAUAACAAAUCCACCCCAACGUGUUUUGAUUAAAUCUGUAUUUCUUAAUUCGUCUUGAAAAGCUAAAUAGUGGUGCUUUAAAGGUUUUAGCUGAUUUUUAUAUAUAUACAUAUAUUUAUAUUUAAGCAUCUUCAUCUCCAAUGAAAAAAAAGCCUACUGAGGGUCAUAUAGAGAGAACCGAAACUAACAUACAUAGUACUGACUUGUAUGAUGUAGAAAUAUAUUAUAUAUGUAUGAUAAUGGUUUAUUUUCUAGUAUUGUUUGAGCAAUCGGAUGUUAUAGUAAGAAAA